AUGAAUGGUGGAAGCCUUCCCCUUGUGCAUACCGGUGGUGGGGUUAGAAAAGAUGAUGGUAAUGGUGGUGGAUACGUACGCGAUCUGAGUGCCGAGCAGAAGCUGAAACUUAACAUCCAACAGCUCCACAUCCGGCAGCGGCAGCUUCAGCUGAACGAUUACGACGACAACAGUCUCAGCUCGGAGGAACAUGUCCUGGCACCGGCUGCCGGUUGUAUGGCCAGCCCGAACCGCCCUUGCCUGACGUGGGCCUGCAAGGCGUGCAAAAAAAAGAGCGUGGCCGUUGAUCGCCGGAAAGCGGCCACCCUGCGCGAGAGACGCCGGUUGCGGAAGGUCAAUGAAGCGUUCGAGGUGCUGAAGCGUCGAACUAGCACGAACCCGAACCAGCGGCUUCCCAAAGUUGAGAUCCUGCGGAACGCGAUCGAGUACAUCGAUAGUCUCCAGGCUCUGCUCGAGGAAUCGCCACCCAUACGCCGAAGUCCCGACAGGAUGGCCGAGGGCAGCAAUUCCAUUCUGUCAACACCUCAGGAUUACGUGAACUGCUGCUCCAACAGCUACCUCCGCGAACGUUUGGGCCAGCUAGGAAAGGACAACGAUCGGUACUCUCCGCUGACAGGAUUCAACUCCACGACGACAUCCGGAUCGGUGAACGGAUCAAGCCUAGACUGCUUGAAUCUGAUCGUGCAGAGCAUUAGCAACGCCCAGCAGCAACCGCAGCAGAAUGCGCCGCUAGGGCCGCAAGUGUCCCCGCCGUGUCCGCUAACUCCUGCCAGCACGUCGCCGACCAGCAGCAGUGGUGGCCCAUUGCAGGGCGGCGCAGCACCGUCGUACGGCGGGCAUGGAUCUCAUUUGCCGUUACACCAGCAGCACCAGCAGUUGCAGUACAGUUCAUUCUCUUCGCCCGCCUCUACCACCUCGUCUUCCUCGUCGUCAUCAUCAUCGUCCUCGGCGUCCUCGGCGUCGUCCUCGCCCAUGUCGCCGCCGCUGACGGGUUCCCAUCAUCAGCUCAGCAUCGGCACCCGACCGGUAACCUUACCGAGCGCGCCCGUUUCAUUACCGUAA